AUGGAUAUUCCUCCACCGAUUCCACCUCGGCCUCCCGGAUACGAGCUACGGGUGCCCGUCAACCCAGCUGUUCCUCCUCGACCAAGCCCACAACAUUGGCAGCAGCAGUCUAUACCACCGCCGCCUCCCCCUCCCCCUCCUCCAUCAUCUCAGAUUUUCCAAUCAGGGCUGCAUCAGGGGGCAUAUGGCGCGUAUCCAGCGGCAACGCCCCAGUCUCGGGGUGCGCAAGGAGAGCCAACUGAGUGGUCUGCAUUGCACUAUGCAGACGGAACGCACACUCCACUGUUUGAGGCGCUCAUGGCGGCCAUCUUUCCCCAUCUAGAUCCCCAGCGGACCGGCUACAUCAGACCCGAAGUCUUGUCAGACUUCCUAGCCUUAAACGGGUUCCCGAAGGAAGAAGACCUCUGGAAGUCCAACCUCACGGGCAACAUCAUGUUCGCCCCGGAGGACAUUGCGGACGCUGAGCUCAAGGCGGCCUGCGAGGCGUGGCCAUUCGACCACCGGGUCGCGGUGCGGAACCCAGGGCGGCCGCAGCUGCCCUUCGGCGGGAUGCCGCUGCCCUCGCUGCGCGGGCUGACGGACAUGAUGGCGGUCGAGCACGCGGCGGAGCCCGAGCGCGGGCAGCGCGGCCUCAACGCCGUGCUGGCCCGGUACGGCAUCUGGCCGCACCUCGGGCCCCUGCCCCGGUCCGCGCUGCCGCCCGCCCGCCCCGUCCAGGUCCAGCGCCGCUGCGACGAGGUCCGCGCCCGCAGCCUCCGCGCCGCCCAGGACAAGCUGCAGGCCAACCAGGCCCGCCUGAUGCUCGAGGCCCAGGGCAGGCAGCACGCGCUGGACCUGAUCGACUACCCGCACUACGUGAGACGGUAUUAUUGA